UUCCGACAGUUGGUGGUGGCGGCGGCCAUAACCCUCCCGCAGCCCUAUAUAACACCCCACACUUCCUCCCUCACUACCACUCAGCCUCCUGCCGCCGCUCUUGCUACUGCUCUUGCUGCCGCCCUCGACGCUCCUCCUCCACCACUUCAGUGAUCCAUUGUCGUUCACCAUGAGACUGGCGGUGAUUCCCUUCCUGACGGCGACGGUGCUGGUGUUCGCUGCUGGCCAAAGGGCAGCAACUAAAUGUGACGAGAUCAGAGACGCGCUGGUACCAUGGUGCCCUUUGACCCUGACCUUCGCCGAAUGCUUCACCAAGAUCGACGGCUGUCGGAACGAUGUCGCCAGCUCCAUGUCGACUCUGGCCAACAGUGACAUCAGCGCCUUGGCUUUCAUUGCCAACAAUUUGACAACGUUCGUAAUGAAUGGUACAGCAGAGCAGAAAGUCAUGGGCCAGGAUCUGCUGGAUGUGCUGGUGGACAGUGCUACUGUGACAAAGAAAAUCCAAGACUGUGUAUCCACGUAAGUCUGAACGAGGGCGUUGCUCGGAGUGGACACCUGUUGCUGGAAUGUUACGUGGUCUGGCCCCAGUCAUAAGUGAAACAAUAUUAUCAUUUGCCUCUUCUCUGCGGCUGCUGACGUUGCCUCUCUUCACUCUCUACAUCAACACACGCAGUCAACACUCUGAAAGGUCGCGUUUUCUGACCAAUCGCCACACCUUGUCCCUGUUAGCCCCAGCACCGACUGUUCCUGCAGAAGCCCCAACAGUGACUUCCUGCAGGAGCACCAGCAGUGACUUCCUGCAGGAGCACCAGCAGUGACUUCCAUCAGGAGCCUCAACAGUGACCUCCUUCAGGAGCCGCAGCAGUGACUGUUUCUGAUAUAAAAUGGCAACUAUUCUUCAUAGACGAAUCCCAGCGACAACUGUUGCUAUCAGUUUACUGUUGAUGUUCUGUGUAUUUCCUAAAUAUAUAAAGUGGCAAAAUA